AUGGCAGCAGCGAGUACAUGCAUCCAGGAUGGUUCGCUUUUGGUAAACGGUAAGACUCUGUUGACCGGAGUCCCCUUUAACGUCAAAGUUUCUCCGGUGGAAUCUUCGGCUGCUUUCUUCUUUGGUGCAACUUCAUCCAUACCCAGCUCUAGACACGUCUUUUCUCUUGGGGUGCUUCAGAAAUUCCAGUUCUUGUGUCUCUUCAGACAUAAAAUUUGGUGGAUGAUACCACGUGUAGGGAAAUUAGCCUGUGAAAUCCCAAUGGAAACGCAAAUGCUUCUCUUGGAAGUGAAGGAAAAGAGUGCACUCUGCGACCGAGAUUCUUUGCCUUUAUCUAAUGAGAAAACCUUCUAUGUUUUGCUAUUGCCUGUCUUAGAAGGAUCAUUUAGAGCUACAUUGCAAGGGGCACGUUCAAAUGAGCUUCAGAUAUGCGUUGAAAGUGGCGAUGCAAAUGUGCAAACCACCAAUGUGUCUGAGGUAGUUUUCAUGAAUUCAGGAGACAACCCAUUUAAGCUGAUAAAGGAUUCUAUCAAGAUACUUGAGAAUCAUAUGGGAACAUUUAAGCAUAUUGACAACAAAAAGGUGCCAGGACAUUUAGAUUGGUUUGGAUGGUGUACGUGGGAUGCUUUCUACACGGAUGUCAAUCCACAGGGGAUUAAAGAAGGUCUUGAAAGGUUUAUGGAAGGAGGCUGUCCACCGAGAUUUUUGAUUAUUGAUGAUGGCUGGCAAGAGACAUAUAACGAUUUCCAAAAGGAAGGAGAACCAUUUGUUGAAGGAUCACAGUUUGCAUCUAGAUUAACUGACAUCAAGGAGAAUGGUAAAUUUAGGGGAUUGAAACAGGACAUUCCAUGCUAUGACCUCCAGGAGUUCACAAAUUUCAUAAAAGAAAGUUAUGGAUUAAAAUUUGUAUAUGUCUGGCAUGCUUUGCUUGGUUACUGGGGAGGGCUGCAUCCGUCAUCUGAAACUAUGAGGAAAUACAACCCAAAGAUUGAGUAUCCAAUUCAAUCACCUGGUAACACAGGAAAUCUUCGAGAUAUAGCUAUGGACAGCUUGGAAAAAUUUGGAGUUGGUGUAAUCGAUCCCCAGAGGAUUUUUGAUUUUUACAAUGAUCUUCAUAGUUAUCUUGCAAGCUGUGGUGUAGAUGGAGUAAAAGUAGAUGUGCAGACUCUUUUAGAAACCUUAGGGUUUGGACAUGGGGGUCGUGUUGCACUUACUGGGCGUUACCAAGAAGCUCUUGAGGAAUCUAUUGCGAGAAACUUUGGAGCAGACAACCUAAUUUGCUGUAUGAAUCACAACUCUGACUCCUUCUACAGCUCAAAGAGGAGUGCAGUUGCAAGAGCGUCGGAGGAUUUCAUGCCCAGGGAUCCUACUUGUCAAACACUACAUAUUGCUUCUGUUGCAUUUAACAGUCUUCUUAUGGGGGAGAUUGUGGUUCCAGAUUGGGACAUGUUCCAGAGCAAGCACUUCACAGCUAAAUUCCACGGUGCUGCAAGAGCAUUAAGUGGGUCUACAGUGUAUGUUAGUGAUGAGCCAGGUCACCACGAUUUUGAACUACUUAAGAAGCUAGUUUUGCCUGAUGGCUCAAUCCUAAGAGCUAGAUGUUCUGGGCGGCCAACGCGAGACUGCUUAUUUAUAGACCCCGUCAUGGAUGGGAAAAACUUCUUGAAAAUUUGGAAUUUAAAUAAGUUAUCCGGUGUAAUUGGUGCUUUUAAUUGUCAAGGAGCUGGAAAUUGGCCACUGAAGGAAGGAUCUGAGAACAUCCUUGCCUCGACUUCGAAGCCUCUAACCAUCACUGGCCAUAUCAGCCCUCUUGACAUUGACUAUAUUGGGGAUAUUGCUGGUGAUGAUUGGACUGGGGAUUGUGCCAUCUAUGCAUUUAACUCAGGCUCUCUUUCUAGAUUGCCAAAAGAAGGGAAAAUCCAAGUCUCGUUAAGUACACUUGAAUGUGAAGUAUUUACCAUCUCUCCAGUGAAGGUUUAUAACAGUCAUCAUUUUGCUCCUAUUGGAUUGAUUGACAUGUACAACUCUGGUGGAGCUAUAGAGGGUCUUCUUUGCAGCCAGCUUCCAUCAGGAUGCAAGAUACAAAUUAAAACACGAGGCUGUGGCCGAUUUGGAGCCUAUUCUAGCUCUAAACCAAGCUACUGUACAGUGAAGGGUGAGGAAACAAAAUUCAACUACAACACUGAAGAUGGACUGCUAAUUAUUCAUCUUGAAGGUGAUUGUGAUGCUAGGGAAAUUGAUGUUGUCUAUUAAGCCUCUUUGAAGUGGACAUCAGAUUAUUUAUUCUCUUUAUUGUACCUUCGCUUUUUAUUUUAUUUUUCGAAGGAAAUAAACUUAGACUUUUGUGCAGUUA